AUGGACGUAUUUGCGGAGGAAGUUUACGAUCUCACUUUUAAAAGCCUGUUCAGUGGCAUCGUGGUUGGCUUGAACAAUUUUUUGAACCUGUUCAACAUGAGCUACUUCGUGACGAUGCUGGUGAGCUACAUGUCCCUGAUGAAGGCCUCCGGGCAGCAGCAGGGCAACCUCCUCGAGGCGAUCGGAGAGGGCAUCAACCAACAGAUAAGACCGAUAAAGCAGCCAAUAGACGAAUCUAUCGCGUACAUUGGGUCUACUAAUUGUGCUCACGUGAAGAAGCUGUUCGGCGUGGAGUACGAACAGCUGAAGGGAGUGCGGGAGCCAAACCUGGAUGCACUGACUCUAACCUUCAAAACACGGAACAGCAGCAGGAUAUACAACAUCAGCACAGCGGCUGACACCAUCACGAGGGCACGCUCCUUCGACCCCGACAGUAAGCUGAUCAUUUUCGUCCACGGCUUCAUCGAUGACCCCACCAAGGACAGUUUCUCGAACAUCAGCGAGGCCUUCCUGAAGAGCGGGGAGGCGAGCGUGCUCGCGCUGGACGGGAGCCCGUUUAUCCGCUGGCUGUACAUUCGCGCCACCACCUACGUGCGCUUCAUGGGCAGGAAGCUUGGUGAGGUUCUCGCGGCGAUGGUCAGAAGUGGAACAGAUCCGGCCUCCAUCCACAUGAUAGGCCACAGCCUCGGCUCCCACAUCUCCGGCUUCACGGGGAAGACGUUGCAGAGUCUGACGGGCCGGAGGCUGGGGCGGAUCUCCGCGCUGGACCCCGCUGGGCCCUGCUUCAGCAACGUGGAGCCAGACCUCAGGGUCAAGGACACGGACGCCGACCAAGUGGACGCGAUCCACACGGACAGCGGGGUCUACGGACUGUCGGAUCCCGUAGGGCACAUCGACUUCUACCCGAACGGCGGUAGCCAGCAGCCCGGCUGCCUGCUGCAGACGUGCAGCCACUCGCGCUCGUGGCUCUACUUCGCGGAGUCCGUGCUGGAGCCGACGGCCUUCGUGGCGCGCCGCUGCGACUCCUGGGAGCACUUCAAGACGGGACGCUGCGACGACGACAUCAGUUAUAUGGGGCAGGGGGCCAAAAAGGGGAGGAAGGGCCGCUACUACCUGCAGACGGGCCCCCGCUUCCCCCACGGCCUAGGGGAGGAGGGCCUCAGCUAUCAAGAGCCCCCCAACCUGCUGCAGGCGGUCGGUUCGAUCCUCGGC